GCGCGCACCGAGUCAUUACCGCACGGAGGAAGUGCAUUACCGUCAUAUUGAGAAUGGCAGGCGAUGGUGCUUCGCUCUCUUUGGAAAGCAUUUUGUUGCGCCUGCUUGUCCCUGACACUGGUAUCAUUGCUCAGGCAACUCAAGAGCUCAAAGUAGCAUACAGAGAUCCCAAUAUUGUAGAGCACCUUUGCCAUGCACUUUGCAGCUCUCGGAACAUUCAGGUGCGGCAGUACUCCGCAGUGCUCCUGCGGAAAAAGCUAUACCGCUUUAGGUCCUGGAAGAAGCUUCCAUUAGAGAUGCAAAAUGGACUGAAAAGUGGCCUUCUCCAAAGAAUUGCUUGUGAAAAAGAACAGCCAGUUAUCUUGGCGAUUGGCCAGUUGGUGGCAGUCAUAGCCAAGCACGAAUACCAAAGGACACGAUGGGCAGAGCUAGAAGAGCUCUUGGAUAGGCUUAUGCACAGCAGCAAUGUAGCGGAACGUGCACUGGGCUUUCACUUGACAAGUAUCAUUUCUUCUGUCGCACCGGAAGUGUUCUCACAUCACCUUAGGCCACUUUUCAAGUUUUUUGGUGAAUGUUUGCAAAGGUGUGGUGAUGACGAAAUUUGCUUCUAUGUGAUCAAGUCUAUGACAGCACUAGCCAGAUUCGUUGGCACAGAUAAUUCUAAUUAUUUCCAAGCACUAAUUCCUUUUGUCAUGGACGUUAUCCAAAGACUAGCAGGUUCAGAUGAGGACAAAGCUGUAGAAGCGUUGGAGCUUUUUGAUGGACUCAUUUACUUUGACGUUGCCGUCCUUGUGCCUCAUAUGAGGCCUCUGAUCAAGCUGUGCUUAGAGAUAGCUGGUGAUUCUAGGAAGGGAGACAUGCUCCGUGUCUGUGCCAUGUCUGUUCUCGGCUGGAUGGUCAAUGUCAAGAAAAAGGCAAUUGUAAAGCACAAACUGAUUCCUGAGCUGCUGGAUGUGUUCUUGCCAAUCAUGGAAGAGGUAUCACCUCAUGACGUUGACGAAAUGGAAGAGGAAGAUGGGCAAUCCUGCCAAUCUCCAUCAGCCUGUGCAGCCCAGCUCAUUGACACCAUGGCCCUCCACCUUCCUCCAGAAAAGCUGCUGCCUCCUCUGUUUCAACAUAUUAACAAGCGUGUGAAAAGCGACAGUGCCUCUCAAAGACGGGCUGCCUAUCUUGCCAUUGCUAUGAUUGCCGAGGGUUGCUCUGAAGCCAUUCGAGAAAAGUAUCUGCCAACGUUCGUCCAAACCAUUUGUGAGGGCAUUUUGGACCAGGACGUUCAAGUUCGGAAUGCUGCACUCUUUGCUUUGGGUCAGUUCGCUGACUAUUUGCAGCCAGAAAUGAAGAAGUAUGCCGACCAGGUUGUGCCCAUCCUGCUGAAUCACUUGACUCAAACAGCAGAGCUGAUGGCCCUGUUACAGAAGGAUCCACCUAGUCUCAGCAAGACCUUCUAUGCUCUCGAAACCUUCUGUGAAAACUUAGAGGAAAAGCUGGUGCCCCAUCUGCCGAGUGUUAUGCAGAAGGUCUUUCUCUUCUUGACAGCACCAUCAUAUCUAGCUAAGAAGCUGGCCAUUAGUGCUAUCGGCUCUGCUGCGAAUGCUACGAAAGAGGCAAUGCUGCCAUACUUCCCUCAGAUCAUGAGUGAGCUCAAGCAGUAUUUAACAGAACACCAAACGGAACAGAAUGCCACCCUUCGAACUCAAGCUAUUGACACAUUGGGCUGUUUGGCUAGGACUAUUGGGGCUUCCAAUUUUUUACCAAUGGCAUCAGAGUGUGUGGAACUUGGAUUGCACCUGAUCGAUGCAGUUGAUGAUCCUGAUUUACGCAAGAGCACGUAUGGAAUGUUUGCAUCUGUGUCAUCUGUGCUGAAAGCUGACAUGAAAAAGUAUUUGGAGCCUAUCCUGGAUCACAUGUUUACUUCCUUGCAAUCCACCGAAGGUGUUGUGACACAGUUCGCUGACACUUCUGGCCUGAACUUCCAACUCUUUGAUGACCUGGAGGAGGGCGAUGAUGAGGCUGCUGAAAUCGACACUGAUUGUGCAGAAGAUGCUUCUGAUGAUGACAGUGAUGAUGACAAUGAGCAAAGUUGCACUAUUGCAAAUGCCUACCUGGAGGAGAAGGAAGACACUUGUGGGCUCCUCGCAGAGAUGGCUGACAACAUUGGACCAGCUUUUGCACCAUACUUGGAAAAGUGCGUAACUGAAGUAUACCAUAUGGCUGAUUACCCAGCACGUGAUGUUCAGAAAGCAGCACUGUCCUGCCUAGGUCAGCUGAUUGUGAUGCUGUUCAAAAGUGCCGGUCAAGCUGGAGAUGGUGACCAUGCCAGCAUUGGUGAUGCAUCUAAAGCAGCAAGCAUGCUUAUUUCCAAGCUUGUAGAGGUCUCGCAUAUUGAACGAGAACGAGAAGUAGUCCUUGCUGCUCUAGAGACAUUGGGCCUUCUUAUUAAUGAACUGAAAAGCGUGGCAUUUGAAGGUGAAGAGCAGCUUAAGCUUGUUGUUGACUUGGUGAAGUCUGCCUUCAAUAGCAAGCUUAAAGCACAGUGUGCAGACGAAGAAAUAGAAGAGGCAGACGAGCAAGAUGAAGCUGAGUAUGAUGGCUUGCUAGUCCAAAUGGCUGGAGACUUGGUUCCUGCAAUGGCUAAGGCACUACCAGCUGAGCGGUUUGCUCCUUACAUGGCAGGAUUGCUGCCUUUUUUUAUGGGCAAAUUGAAAAGGCACAGCAGCACAUCAGACAGGUCAUACGCAGUUGGUACUCUUGCUGAAGUGGCUGCAAGUAUGGGCGAAGAAGGCAUUGGCCCAUUUUGCCGCCCACUGCAACAGAUUUUCCUUAAUGGAAUGCGUGAUCGAAAUGGUGAAGUACGUAGCAAUGCUGUAUAUGGACUUGGUGUACUCAUCAAAAAUGCACGUGAAAUACUUCAACCUGAGUAUCCGGCAUUACUGGAAGCUCUCUCCACAAUGCUAGCACGUGAAGACAACAGGCAUGCCAAAGACAAUAUAUGUGGUGCUGUUGCUAAGCUCCUCUUGGUUGGUGUUACUGUUGUGCCUGUUGAACAGAUUUUUCCAGUGCUGCUUCAGCAGCUUCCUUUGCAGGAAGACUUCGAAGAAAAUGAUAGUGUUUUCCAUUGCAUCUGCUAUCUCUGCGGAAUCGGACAUGAGGUGUUCAUGAAAAAUCUCCCUGCCAUUCUUCGCAUCGUCCUGAAGGUCAUCCAAACUGACCAAAUCACUAUUGAAACAAGAGUUAACCUGCUUCAUUUAGUCAAGUCCCUGAGUUUGAGCUACCCACAAGAAAUUCAGGCCAUCCUGCAGGAAUGCUCACUUGAAGAGCAACAAGUAUUUCAGGCUGUUUGGAAAAAUUCUUAAUUUAAGUGUGCCAAAGUUAUUGGUAAAGUGUUCAAGCAUCAGCAUCUCAAUAAAUUUCUAACAAUAUUA